UCUAUGUAUCUGUUCCAUCUCUCACCAACUGGUUGUUGUUUUUGGACCCGCUCUUGCGCUCGAAUUGUUGGAAUAUAUAUUUCAUUUAAUUAAGCACAGAAAGCAGUAGUAAAAAUGAUUGGAAGUAAAAAAUCCAAGGAGGCGAAUGUCUUCAAGGAAAUCGCAGAGAACUUCGAGCAGCUGACCAAGAAUCCAGAGCGUUUUCUCCAGCCACAGCCGGAACAAGUGAAUGCCAUCGAGCAGCUUAUCCAGCAGACAUACGCCGUUAGCAUCAGCGAGGAUGUGGCGAACAAGAAGGAACUGCUGCCGGAAUUGGUGCUGGAGCAAAUGGACGAGGAGCAGAUCUGGCAGCAACUGGAGAUUCGCAACGAACUAGUGUUCCAACAGGUGCUGGAGCAAACCGCCAGGCUGACGGCGAUGCGCGAGCAGCACCUGGGCAUUGAACUGGACGAUGGUGAAGAAAUAGAGGAAGAAGACGAAGUAAUACAAGCUGAAGACUCAGGCGAUGAGGAACAAGAUGAGGAAUCAGACUUCAGCGACGAGGAUGGAGGGCUACAAAAGCAGAAGACCGCGCCGCCGAAAGACAAACGAAACAAGCGACUACGCAACUCUGUGGUGGACGAUACCUUCUUCAAGUUGGAAGAGAUGAAUGAGUUCCUGGAGCAGGAGGAUGCCAAGGAGAUGCGCCGCCUGAACAGCAAGAAACGCGUUGAGCAGGCCGAUGAUAUAGAUCAUUUCGCAGAGGAUUUUGGUCUUGGCGAAGAUGAGGAGGACGAUGAGGAGGGGAAUGUCAACUAUGCGGACUUCUUUGACAUGAAUGAGGAACUGACAGAGCAUUCUAAAAAGAUUAACAAAGGCAAGCAGAAAGAUUUCUUCAAUGAAAACGAGAGUGAAAAUGAAAAUGAACCGGAUGAGGAUGCAAAUCCCAAAGAGGGCGAUUCUGAUCAAAGCGAAGGAGACGAGGGCGAUGAUGAACCUGAAAAUGAUCAAGAUCCAGAUGAGGCGGCCAGCGAAAUAGAUGAAUCCGAAUUCGUGGCAAAAAGUGGCAUAGAACCUGCCAGCGAUUCAGACUCGGAUUCGGAGAAAGAAGAGGAGGAGCCACAACCCACAGAGCCACCGUCCCAAUCAUCCAAUGAGAUGAGAGAGGCUCGUUUGUUUCAACGCAUCCGCGACUACGAAGACAUUGUCCUAGGCGAGAAGCCUUGGCAGCUCAAAGGCGAAGUAAAGGCAGCCAAUCGGCCCCAGAACUCACUGCUUGAGGAGAUUCUCGACUUCGAUUCGACCACCAGGCCAACGGCGCCAAUCACGGAAGAGGAUAACCGCUCCAUCGAGGACAUAAUUAAGCAGCGUAUUCGCGACAAAGCAUGGGACGAUGUGGAGCGCACUGUGCGACCGGUGAACACCCCGCAAGAGUACAGAAAACAACUUGUGCUUGACCAGGAGAAAUCAAAACAAUCGCUGUCGCAGAUCUACGAGGCGCAGUAUCAGCGCGAAAUGGAAAAACUCGAUCCCAAUCGCGAUGCCGAUGACAAAACUGGUCCGGAACCGAAAGAACACCAAGAAAUCAAGCGGGCAAUGCGUUCCCUAUUCCUUAAAUUGGACGCCCUCUCCAAUUUCCACUUCACGCCGAAACCGGUGGCGCCGGAGAUCAAGAUCGUAACGAACACACCAGCAGUUCACAUGGAAGAGGUGGCCCCGCUGGCGGUGAGCGAUGCCAAGCUGCUGGCACCCGAGGAGGUGUUCCGCGGACCCAAGCACGCUCCACUUGGCAAGACCGAACGCGAUCGAACGGAUAAGAACCGCGAGCGCCGCAAAAAGAAGCAAAAGCAGCGGGCCAUCCACUCGGCUCUGGAGCAGCGCGAGCUUCAGCGAGCCAAGGAGGGCAAGGCGCCCACAAAGAAGGAAGCGGAUGCCAAGCUGCUCAAGACAAUCACCAAGAAUCGCAAUGUUCAAAAGAUCAAUGCCAGCAGCAACGACCAGGGAGCUCUGAAGUCCUCAAAGGCUUUCUUCCACAAACUGCAGGAUACCGCAGCGGCUACAGCAUCCAAAAAGCGACCGAAAAAGGAUACCGCCAAGGCGGAUGCCAAGAAGCUGAAGCUUUAAACGUACACGCUAGGACUCCUUCAUAUUGUAAUUGCCUUAAGCCAGCAAAGUUUUCUCGUCUCCAGUCACGUGCCAGAAAGUUGUCACAAGCACACACGUAUGCCCACAUAGCAAUCCUUGUUGCAAGAAUAUCUUUAGCAUGUACUGUGUGUCUGGGGAGUCCCCAAUUUGGUGCUCCAUGGGAGAUGCCAUGUGUCGGUACUUUUAAUGUUCCAUGUGCGCGGAUCCAUCGUAUGUGUAUGUGAUGCGUGGGCGCUUUGUGUGUGGCGGCGUGUGAGUCAAGGACAUUCUGUGUCCUGUUGAGGCGAUUAGGCACGCGUGCAGCUUGCGGAAUUUGACUAUUCUUAGAAUUAUUUACUUAAAAUAACUGUUUGCUAUGUAAAUAGUACCCUAAUUAAAGAAAGCAAAGCAAGUAACGU